AUGCACAACGCUACUGGCAAGCCGGAAGGCAGUGAAGUCGCCUUUCAAGGCGGCCACAACACCGCCGCGUACGCGCACGGUGCGGGCGUCAAGAAGGGUGCGGGCGAGGCGGACAACACGUCCCAGAUGGACCCCCACCUGACCGGUGGCCGCCGCAGCGAAGGCGCGCCGCCGGGCUACGCCCAUGUGCGCCAGGAGCAGCAGCCCUACCGCCUGGACCUGCUCCAGACCGAUCCCAACCUCGAGGCCAACGCGUCGCUGCAGGGCGACGGCGCGAGCGAACACGCGGACCAUGUCACGCGCGCAUUUCCGUUCCUCUCCAACUCGAUCGGCGGGCAGGAAGGCGACGGCCGCGCCGCCAUCUUCCCCCCGAACUUUGCGCAGGACGACGCGUACAAGAAGGCGGCCGAGCCCCCUUCGCCGCUCGAAGAGAGCGGCGCGUCGGGUCUGCACUCCAAGGCGCAGCGUGGCCCCAGCUCGUACGACUCGCUCUCCGCUUCAGACAAGAAGGAGACGCCGUACUCGCGCAGCCCUAGCCUGCGUGUCACACAUAAGAUCGCCGAGCGCAAGCGCCGGAAGGAGAUGAAGGACCUCUUUGAAGAGCUCAAGGACUUUGUGCCUGUCGACCGCGGCCCCAAGACGAGCAAGGGCGACAUCCUCACCAAGGCCGUGCUCCAGUUCCAGACGCUGCACCGCGAGCGCGAGCACCUCAUCGAGGCGCUCGAAGCCGCGCACCACGAGCUCAAUCAGCUGCGCCAGGUCGCCGGCGGCAGCGACGCGAGCGGCGCGAACCUGCAGCAGCACGUCUACCCACACUCGGGUGCCCAGUACCUCCCGCGCUCCUCGGACGCACGUAUCCACGGGGGGAUGGUGCCGGGUACGCAAGAGUCGCUUGGCCGCGAAAAGGGCGAGGGUGCGGGCGGCCGCUCCGAGUCGUUCCUCUCGGACCUGCGCCUGGACCGCCUGCGUCAGGGCGACGACAGCGUCCACCCGAGCUUCAAGCAGCUCGACCAGGGCGCAGGCGUGCUCGACCAGUCGCUCGGCGCCUCGCGCUCGUUCCAGCCCGAGUCGUACCAGAACCCUCUGGAUAUCCCGGGCGGCCAGGACGCGACGAUCGGCCAGGACGCACAGCACGCGCAACGGGGCCUCUCGCAGGACCAGUCCCGGGGCCUCGCACGCGACAGCGACGCGAUCUUGCCAGAGACGACCGGCGCCGACGCGCCGGGCAUGUAG